AUGCUGGACCAGGGGAGGAGCCUAGAGCACUUGUUGAGCCCUGACCUCAUCUCCAGCAUAGCCCCAGAAAAAACCAGGCUGGAAGAGGUCAUGGCUGCUGCAAUCCUUACAAACCUAUCUACCAGCGCUGUGUCUGGGGCCCCUAGAUGCAACCUUCAGCCCAGGGUGAGACUCAGAAAACUAUGCUCAAGUAUGGACAGGGUCCAGAACUUCUGUUAUUCCAGGAUACUAAAGCCACCAAGCCUCAAACCUAAUAUGCCGCCUUCUAAGCUUGCCUCAAGCUCUCUAAGAGACAUCUGGAUCCUGAGUGCCCCUCAUUGCCAAAUUCUCCUAGUUGCCCCUACUCCUCAAGGCUCACAUCAACAGGUGGCAACUCACAAUCAGGGACUUGGAGAGAGCCAGCAGGCAGCAGUUUCUGCAAAGCAGCUUGAGACUUCUGAGCUUCUAAAUGGAAUGUCCCUGCAGAAUCUGGCUUGGAGCCUUGGAAGGAGGCCAGCCAUGUCUUCUCCAUUCACUCCAUCAACCCCGCUGCCCCCAGAAGCAGCCCACCUUCUGUUUGGGAGGCCCCUGAGAAAAAGGAAGAGCUCUCUUCAGGUCAUGUUCCAGUGCCUGUGGAAGAGCUGUGGGGGUCUGAGCACAGCGUCCGGGAUGCAGAGACACGUCCACCUGGUGCACCUGGGGAGACAGGCAGAGCCAGAGCAGAAUGAUGGAGAAGAGGACUUCUACUACACAGAGCUGGAUGUUGGUAUGGAUAAGCUGACUAACAGGUUGUCCAGCCUAACACCAGUGUCUCCUACAGUCUCCAUGCCACCUACCUUUCCUCAUGUGGAGUUCUCAGAGCUACUGGAUCCCCCAGUUCUUCCCAACCUGCCACAUCCCCUAACUUUGUUUCCAUCUCCCAAGCUCAGCUCUUCAGCUGUUCCACAGGUAUGCCACAGUGACCAAGCCUACCAGCAAGGUGAGGCCACAGAUGAAGAUUGGGGGCAGGUCUCAGAGCACUCUAGAGAGAAACAGAACAGGGGUUGUGACUCCUUCCAGAGAUGCCUGGCCCCCAACCACCUGGAGCCACAGCCCACUGAGGCCCAAGCCUACAUACCAGCCCUGUCUGCUAAGCUUGGGGUCAUCCUGGUAUGUCCCUGGGGUGAUUCCAAGAAGUGCUGGAAAGUGUAUGGCGUGGACCACAGGGACCUGUACACAGCCUGCCGCUGGAAGAAAGUCUGCCAGCAGUUCCUGGACUGAGCCCAUCCCAUGAUGCUACUGCCUGGCCCUUCUCCCACUCCCAGCCUGAAGCUACAGCAAACCUGUGAUGGAUUUGAUGACCUUGGACUCCUAGAGGUGGAGGAGUGACUCACUACUCCAAGUGCCUUGGAAGAAACCAGCCUUUUGCACUAAAGCCAAACUGCAUGUUGUCCUUUUAGCUCCAGAGGCAGCUUGCCUCCCUGCCUGUCACUCACAGACUUGUCAAAGAUGUCAGUGGGCUCUGCUAAAGCCUGUUUAAGUUGCACUUUGAGAGGUGUCAGGGAGAGUAUUCUCCUGCCCACAUUUAAAGAUGGUGGUUCCAGGCCCCCCUGGGGCUGACAUUUUACCAUGUUAAUGAAGUUCAGGUGUCUUGUGUCUGGGUUAUAUCAGCCAAGGAGAAAAAUUAAAAACUGUGGGGGUUGUUUGUUUGUUUUUCCAGAAA